AUCAACAAAAUAUAUAUUUCUCUGGAUUUACUCAUCGUCUAUCUUACCGUUUCAAAUGUUUUGGUUUCUACUCUUUCUCCUUUCACUGGCGUCUUGUUCGCCUGUUAAGGUGGACCUGGCUAAGCGCGGCAAUCUCGCAUGCACUGCCUUUCCAUCUACUUCGGCUGAUUUACCUGUCUUUCAGCUUGAUCUCAGAGAAACAAUUGAGCGAAACGCCUUUGAAUAUGGUCAUACACCAACACUUCAGGAACUUCCUCUUACUACAUGGGCCGGCUCCGGUCCUGGUCAUCAUGUAACCUUUAGAGCCUGGAGAACGUUUGGUCAAGGAGGAACCUUCUGGGUAUACCUAGAAGUUCAGGUUACUGCUCCGCUUGAUUUAUUCAUCAACUUUGGCGCCCAGUCUCAAAGGCAGGGUUCUGAUCCUGGAUUAUCGCGAAUUGAUAACGGAAUCGCGCAAGGAUCAGGUUCUAGUACCUUUCCGCGAAGAACCACCUUCGCAAUUAACAUUGGAACGAUUCAUCAGAAUAUCGAUUAUACUGCUGCUGGAAAUUGGCGUAAGGUUCCCAUAAUCUUUUUAAGACCAUACUAA